CGCGCUUUCCUUCUCAAACCAUCGCCCAUGGCGCGAUGAAAAUACCAUCUCAAUGGCUGAAACCCCUUUCCGUCGACUUGCUAAAGCAGCACUGCACUUCAGUAGUAAACUGCAAGCAAGCUCACGCCUUUCUCCUCCGAUUCGACCUCUUACACGAGAAUAUCCUUUCCAGCAAGCUCCUCUCUUUCCUCGCUCUUUCUCCCUCCGGCGACCUCAAUUACGCCCAGCAGCUGUUUGACCAAUUGUCUGGUCCGGAUAGCUUCAUAUGGAACACCAUCAUACGUGGCCACGCAAGAAGCCCCAAGCCCUCGCAAGCCAUCUCCUUCUUUCACCUUAUGGUUAGCUCAGGUGUACCUCCGGACCACCACUCUUACCCUUUCGUGCUCACUGCCUGUGCUCGGAUGUUAUCGCCAGAGCUCGGCAAGAGGUUCCACGCUGAAACAUUUAAGUUUGGUCUUGGAUCAGACGUUUUUGUUCUGAAUUCCUUGAUUCAGAUGUAUGCAUCUUGUGGGCUCUUUGGUGAUGCUCGCCAACUGUUUGAUCGAAAUCCUCUAAGAGAUGUAGUGUCAUGGAAUGUCAUGAUCAGAGGAUAUGUUAAGAGGGGAGAAUUUGAAGAGGCUUUUGGUUGUUUUGAAGAAAUGAUUCAAGCCAAGAAUAUGAAUCCCGACGCUGUGACGAUGAUUUGUUUGCUGUCUGCAUGCUCUCAGUUGGGUGAUUUUGAUAGAGGCCAUCGGCUCCAUUUGUAUUCCCGUGAACUGGGUUUUAUUGCAUCGAACCUUCAGUUGACAAAUGUGAUCCUUGAUAUGUACUGCAAAUGCGGUGAUUUGUCGUUGGCAAAGAAGCUUUUUGAUGAAAUGGGUGAGCGGGACUUACUUACAUGGACCAGCAUGAUCAAUGGAUUUGCUACUUUAGGUAAUUUUCGAGACGCUUUAGAGUUUUUUACCCAAAUGCAGAAUGAAAGAAUUAAUCCUGAUGAAGUGGUACUUGGAACCAUGCUUUCUGUUUGUGCUCAGAUGGGAGCUUUGGAUGAAGGGAAGUAUGUUCAUCACUUGAUUGAAAAAUAUAAUGUGAAACGGGAUAUUGUUCUUCAGACCUCUCUAAUCGAUAUGUAUGCGAAAUGUGGAAGGGUAGAUUUAGCCAUGCAAGUUUUUAAGAAGAUGAAGGAAAGGAAUGUGUUCACGUGGAAUGCCAUGAUUGGUGGACUAGCUAUUCAUGGCCAUGGUCAGAUGGCAUUAGAUCUAUUCGAAGAAAUGAAGCAAGAAGAAGCAGUAGCAGACUAUGUAACUUUCAUUGGACUUCUAUUAGCUUGCAGCCAUUCCGGAUUGGUUAAAGCUGGGCUCAAAAUUUUUAAUGAAAUGAAAGAUGUGUACCAGAUACAUCCUAGGAUGGAGCACUAUGGAUGUGUAGUUGAUCUUUUAUGCAGAGCAGGAUUAAUGCAAGAUGCUCUAGAGUUUAUGAAGAAAAUGCCAAUCAAGCCAAAUGAGGUUCUGUGGGCUAGUAUUAUUGGAGCUUGUAGGGUUCUUGGACAAACAAAGAUUGCAGAGAUGAUAAGUAGGAACAUGAUUGAUCUGGAUCCGGAAUCUUGCGGUCGAUAUGUGAUUCUAUCGAAUCUAUAUGCCAGAGUCCAUAGGUGGGAUGAUGCCUUGCAAGUAAGAAACUUGAUGAGAGCUAAAGGAAUUAAUAAAACUCCAGGCUUAAGUUGGAUUGAACUAAAUGGCAUAGUUCAUCAAUUUGCAGCAGGAGAUCGAUCACAUAUCCAAACUGAGAAGAUAUAUAAGAUGAUUACAGAAAUGUGUCAGCGGGUCAGGUUAGCUGGUCAUAUGUUAGGUACCUCAGAAGUAUUGUUUGACAUAGAGGAGGAAGAGAAGGAGCAUUCUUUAUUUUUUCACAGUGAGAAACUAGCCGUUGCUUUUGGGCUGAUGAGCACGGCUCCAGGUUCAAACAUUAGAAUAACAAAAAAUUUACGAGUCUGUUGCGAUUGCCAUUCUUUUCUAAAAGCAUUGUCUAAGGUCUUCGACCGAGAGAUCGUUGCGAGGGAUCGAAGUCGGUUUCACUAUUUCAGAGGAGGUUUAUGCUCUUGCAAUGACUUCUGGUAGGUUGUAGCACAUCAAGAUAUAUGUGUGCAGGCUGUUCACACAAAACGAAAGCCAGAGUGUAUAUAGUGCAGGCUGGUGCCGUUGGGGCACAGAUCGAGUUCUGUUUUCUAAAUCAUGUCAGUACAAAGAUUUAAGAUUGAUAGAUUCAGUGGAGAAAAUAAUUUCAGCAUGUGGCCGAUCAAGAUAAUGUCAAUGUUAGUCCAUCAAGGGCUAUCGAAGGCGAUAUCCAGAGAUGGAUUUUUAGCGUUGACGGAUCGAGUGAAGGCAAGGGAAAUGCAAUUCUAAGCUCACAGCACAAUUUUACUUUUUCUUGGUAAUGAGGUGUUGCGAGAGGUUGCCGAUGAAGAAACAACCAUCAAAUUUUGGGAGAAACUAAGAACCGUUGUUCUUCAAAAUAUCGCUUUCAAAUCAUCUGAUCUUGAAGAAGUAACUGUAUGCCCUCCAGAUGGAAGAAUCAAAUGAUCUUUGAAAGCGCAUGGAUGACUUCAACAAAAUAAUUCUUGAUCUCAAGAAUUUUGACGUGAAGAUUGAUGAAGAAUAUCAGGGCAUCAUCUUGCUUUGCUUGCUGGCGAAAGCUUAUGAACACAUCGUUGAUACCAUGUUGCAUGGGAAGCAAACUUUGACUAUGACUGAGGUAAAGUUAGUAUUGAUGUCAAAGAUGAUUCAAUGAAAAUUAGUGAUUAAGAAGAAAAAGAAUGGUGACAUGUUGCUUGUUAGGGGCAUAUCUGAAGUUAUAAAAGAGAAAAUCAGAAAAAAGUGCUAUCUUUGCCACAAAGAGGGAAAUUUCAAGAGAAAUUUUCCAAAUAGAGAGAAAUGACGAAGAGCUGAACUUAAAGAAGACGCUAACUUGGCAGUGGUAGCUGAUUCAGGAGAUAAAUGGAUUGAUUCAGAGGUUUUGUAAGGGUCAAUUGGAAGAAGUUCGAUCAAUGUGGAGAUUGUUAGAGUUUGUGAUCCAACUUAUUUUUGUUUUGUGUAUUUUUCUUAUUGGUGUACUUUAUUUAGGUUCUUGUAGCUUUGAUGUUGUCAUUUAUGUCUUUAUAUAGACAUAAAUGCUGUAAUAAUAGAGAUGCAUUCUCCCA